GCCCCAGGAGCUCAGCCAAGCCAACCUUCCGUGUACCACGAACGGCAGCGCCUGGAGCUCUGUGCCGUCCACGCCCUCAACAACGUCCUGCAGCAGCGGCUCUUCAGUCAGGAGGCUGCCGAUGAAAUCUGCAAGAGGGAUCAACCAACUCUUUCAUGGUAAGGCCAGGCUGGAGACCCAGAGAUGAGUCUGCUAUGAGCCCUGUCCCAGGGGAAGCCAGGGAAACAGACCCACAGAAAAAGAAUACACAACUUUCCCCUCGCCCACCCCUCCCCCUGCCCUGCCCACCAAGGGCCCAAAGACAGAACAAAGGUGCCCUUGUCCAGACAAGGUUGGCUCCAGACUCCCGGCUGAACCCCCAUCGCAGCCUCCUGGGCACUGGCAACUAUGACGUCAACGUGAUCAUGGCCGCCCUGCAGGGACAGGGCCUAGCUGCCGUGUGGUGGGACAGAAGGAGGCCCCUGUCCCAGCUGGCCCUGCCCCAGGUGCUGGGGCUGAUCCUGAACCUCCCCUCGCCCGUGUCGCUUGGGCUGCUGUCCCUGCCGCUGCGCCGGCGGCACUGGGUGGCCCUGCGCCAGGUGGACGGCAUCUACUACAAUCUGGACUCCAAGCUGCGGGCGCCCGAGAUCCUGGGGGACGAGGAUGGCGUCAGGGCCUUCCUGGCGGCCGAGAUGGCUCAGGGCCUGUGCGAGGUGCUGCUCGUGGUGACCAAGGAGGUGGAGGAGAAGGGCUCCUGGCUGCGGACAGACUGACCCCGAGGAGGAGGGGACCACGGCUGCCGGCCUGGCAUGGACCCUGCACGUCCACGUCUGGCUCCCAAGCUUCAGGAAAGGGGCCAGGCCUCACAGCUCACGGACCUAGUGGAGGCCCCAGGCCCUUCCCCGAAUUCCCUGCUCCUCAGUGCCACGGCUGCCUCAAUAAACCUGAUGAUUUGCCCCUG